GGUCAGCAAAACACACCGAUCGUCGUGAUUGAUGGUCUCGGCAGCGUACAAGGUACGCGUGGCCGAACGGCCUGGACCGAUCGGGAGAUUUUCAAGUUUCACAACAUACGCUACGCCGAGGCUCCGGUGGGCCAGCAGCGAUUCGUUGCUCCGAUAGCCGUCAAACCGUGGAGCGGCAUCUUCAAUGCCGCCGUGCCCGGGCGACCCUGUCCGCAGGUGGGACUGAACGGUACCGGUAGUGAGCUGCUGUCCGAGGAUUGUCUUACCCUCUCGGUGUACACGCACAGUACGACAUCGGCCAGCCGGCCUGUGAUGGUGUUCAUACACGGUGGGGCGUUCGUGAUGGGUUCCGCCUCGGACUACGGACCGGAAUAUCUGCUCGAGCGGGACAUCGUACUCGUUGUGAUACAGUAUCGACUCGGACCUCUCGGGUUCCUGUCGACGGGAACGGCCAAUAUCCCCGGAAAUGCCGCGAUGCUCGAUAUGAUCAUGGCCCUCGAGUGGGUCUCCCAGAACAUACACUCCUUCGGUGGGGACAAUGCACGGGUGACACUGUUUGGUGAAUCGUCUGGGGCCGCUGCCGUAUCGGCGCUGCUCUACAGUCCACUCGUUCACAGCUCCCUGUUCAGCCGGGCAAUCAUCCAGUCCGGAUCGAUCUUUGCCCCGUGGGCCACGUGUCAGUCGCCGAAGGAGGGCGCCAUGGACAUUGCUCGGUUGGUGGGGUGCGAUCGCCCGGCCGAAAGGGUGGAGGAGUGUCUGAGGACCGUUUCCGCUUACUCGCUCAUGCAAGCCUACGAGCAGCACAUGAACACGCAAGUCAACGUCAGUGGCUAUCCGGACGUGUCGGGAGCGUGCAUUGUCAUCGGCGAUGCAUCCCCAUUCCUGCCGAAGCACCCGAAAACAUUGGCCCGUGAUGCGAUACGGAAGGUUGAAGUGAUGGCCGGGACCACCUCGCAGGAGGGGCUCAUGUUUUGGGAAAGCAUCCACCGUUACGGCCUGUCGUACAAUCCGGCCACGAUGAAAUCGUCCUGGGAUCUGUUCCAACUGAUCGACAUCAUCAACGAGCGGUUCGGAUCGAACUCCAACGAUGGGUCCCAAAUCUGGUACCAGAUCUUUAACACGUUUCACUCGGCCGAGCUCGAUCGGGCCAACUACACCGAGCUGCUGCCAGCGUUGGUCGAUAUCUGCGGAAACUUGGCCAUCAAAGCACCGGUCCUGCAGGAUGUGACUCGAGUCGCCCACGCCAACGAGGGCAAAGUGUUCCUGUACAGCUUCGACUACGAUGGCAUUUCGUCGUUGUACAACUUUUCGGCGAAUCCCGGGUUCGAUUAUCCGUACCAAAACAGCUCAUUCCACGGCGAGGACCUGUUCUACCUGUUUCCCCUGGGGCAGCGGCUCAACCAGCAGGACACCGAGAUCGCCAAGAUGAUGGUGGACCUUUGGACGUCCUUUGCCAGCAGAGGUGUACCGACUUCGGCGUCCCUAAAACAAAGCUGGAACCCUGUUACCCGUUUUUACGGUCCGUACCUGAAAAUUAAUCACGUUACUGAGGAGCGGAACAACUACUUCAACGAAUUUACUGCCUCAACCGAAAAGGCACGGCACCAACGUUCAGCAGCAGCACCGCGUCUGGAGUUUUCGCGAACAUUUGGCUUCCUGGUAAUGAGAUCGGCCGGAGCUUCUAAUAAUAUGAACCAAUUUAAAACCAUCCAGCCAAGGGAUCCAUCGUUUGUGUCGUACUUUAUACUGUGCUUCCUGCGCGUCGUGCUGGUGUUUGUACCGCAGCUCGGUUACAUUCAUCCGGAUGAGUUCUUUCAAUCGGUCGAGGUCGUUGCCGGUGACGAAUACGGGCUGGAGGUUACGCGCACGUGGGAAUUUAACAGCACCUUUCCAGUUCGCUCGAUGGCCAUCCCUUACCUUGCGCUGAAGGUGCCCUUUUCCUGUCUACGGUUCGUGUCGAUGUACACGAAUUACUACCUGGGGAUCAAUCUGCGUGGUAGCUACGUGACACUGGUGUUUCCCCGUCUACUGAUGGUCGCCCUUUCGUUCGUCAACGACUGGAGCCUGUACCGCAUUUGCCGUUCGUACGGGCUGCAGUACCAGUUCCGGUUGCUGACGCUGGCCAGCUCGUACGUGAUGCUCGUGUACGCCACGCACACCUUUUCGAACUCGAUCGAAAUGGCGCUCUGUUCGUUGCUGCUGUACAUCGUCAGCGAUUGCAUGAUCCACUCGAACACGGUGCUCUAUCAGCGCGAGUUUCUGGAGGAAAAAUACCGCAAGGCACAGCGCACGGUGGAGAAGGUGCGUUUCUACAAGCUGACCAUGUCGUUGCCGUCGCACUCGCUCAACAAAUGCCUCCUAAUGGCGACGCUGUGCGUGGCCGGGGUCUUCAAUCGGCCCACCUUCGUGCUGUUCGGGAUGCCGCUCGUCUUUCACUGGAUGCUGCGCGGAAUGGGCACCCGGACGGUUUCGUUCACCGACUUCAACCUGCGCAUCUUCAUCUUCGUCCUAUCGGCGCUGCCCGCGCUGAUCGUGUGCAUCGUAGUCGACUCCGUUUACUACGGCUAUCUGACGCUGGCCGAGCUCGACCGUCACGAGAUUGGCAUAAACAGUUUCGUCGUGACGCCCGUCAACUUCAUCCGCUACAAUCUGAUUGCGGAGAAUACGGCCCAGCACGGGGUGCACCCGUUCUACACGCACCUGCUCGUGAACGUGCCACUCCUGUACAACGUGCUCGGAGUGAUUGCCAUCUUUUCGCUCCUCGUCAUGAUCCAUCGUUUCGCAUCGAACGACUACACUAACCUGCCUAGGGCACAGUCCUUUGUUGGGUUGAUGCUCUCGGCGAUCUUCUUCCCCACCGUGUGCCUGUCGCUGAUCAAUCACCAGGAGGCACGCUUUUUAAUUCCGAUCACCGUGCCGCUGGUGCUGCUACACGCCCCCAAACUGCAAGCCGGUCUGGCAAGCAGCUACCCGUUCCGGGCCCCGUCCCGGUUCAAGGACUUCCUGUACCACAAUCUGCUCGGCCCGUCUGUCAGUCCCAAGUAUCUGCUCAAGCUGUGGUACGCGGCCAACGUCACGUUGACACUGUUCUACGGGUUCCUGCACCAGGGAGGCGUCUAUCAGAUGGCGGACUACUUUAGCCACCAGGUGGACGUACGGUCCGCCGACGUCCACCUGCAUCUCGUGACCAGUCACAUUUACAGCAUGCCACAGUGCUUCCUCGGUCUGCCCAGCACCGAAACGUUGCUCGUCAGCCCGGACAGUGGGCAAAAGUAUCGGCGCAAGAAGCAGUUCUUUCUGUACGAGUAUGGGUCCCUCGAGCUGGAGCCGCUCUACCGGAAGCUGAAGCUGUUGGUCGAUGUGUGUGAAAUGCGGUCAAUUAGCGAGCAACAGCGCUACCGGCUUUACCUGGCCAUUCCGUCCAGCUUGUCCGAGCGGUUGAACGAUAUCUUCCACAAUCGAACGGCCGCACUGAUCAAGCACAGUCAGGUGCGCGUUUUCUAUCCCCACCUAUCGACCGAGGCAAUGCCGACCGUGUUUGGGCAGCAUCCGUGCGGUAUCAACACCGACGUCGACGAACUGGACGACACGUGUCCAAUCUAUGCGCGCGACGACGAGCAGAACCAGAACCCGUUCAGCGUGGGUCGGUUGCUGAAGCAGUUCUCGUCGGUGGUGCAUCAAUUCGGGCUGAUCCUCUACCGAAUCGAAGUGCGGCGUAUCAAAUAGCAGCCACUAGCGCCACAGCAUCCACCCGAGGCACGGAUCCGCCAGACGACCUGGGUUUGGAGUGAUACCCGAAGCUAGUCAGCAACUACAACGCUUCUGUUUUCAGUUGUGCGCCAUUUUUUUCCUGCACCGAUUGUCGAUCAUUCC